AUGGGGAAACUGAAGGGCAGCCGCGGGCAGCGGGAGACGCUCAAGUUCGAAGAUGGUUCUUCCAAAAGCCUUGGGAUAUGUGGCUGGAUCCUAGUUGUAGUUUCGUUCAUACUAGUGGUCAUCACUUUUCCUAUUUCCGUUUGGUUUUGCAUAAAGAUUGUCAAGGAAUAUGAGCGUGCCAUCAUCUUUAGACUCGGACGCAUCCUAAAAGGAGGUGCAAAAGGGCCAGGGCUGUUUUUUGUCUUGCCUUGUACGGACAACAUAAUCAAUGUGGACAUGAGAACAAUCUCAUUUGAUAUUCCACCACAGGAAAUUCUCACCAAAGAUUCAGUGACGGUGAACGUGGAUGGGGUGGUCUACUACCGAGUCCAGAAUGCGACCCUCGCGGUAGCAAACAUCACCAAUGCAGACUCAGCUACUCGGCUCUUGGCUCAAACUACUCUCAGGAAUGUUCUGGGGACCAAAAAUCUUUCUCAGAUUCUCUCCGACCGAGAGGAAAUUGCACACAGCAUGCAGGCCACCCUAGACGAUGCCACGGAUGACUGGGGCAUAAAAGUGGAGCGGGUAGAGAUCAAGGAUGUGAAAUUACCCGUCCAGCUUCAAAGAGCCAUGGCUGCUGAAGCAGAAGCUGCCCGGGAAGCCAGGGCAAAGGUCAUCGCUGCAGAGGGUGAAAUGAAUGCUUCCCGGGCCCUGAAGGAAGCCUCGAUUGUCAUUGCAGAGUCUCCCGCUGCCCUCCAACUCCGCUACCUGCAGACUUUAACCACCAUUGCAGCUGAGAAGAACUCCACAAUUGUCUUCCCCCUGCCCAUAGACCUGGUGCAAGGGAUUAUGGCAAUGAGACACUAACCAAUGAAGCAACAUUGAGGAAGAGAGAGGGGCUCCCGGGUGGAAAGCUAGAUUAAAAGCAAAAGUCAGCGUUGGCUAGGAGAGCAACUGAAUCCAUGUAGAGAUGACAGGUAUUUUGUGUCAGCUGGGCCCCCUUCGUCGUCCCUCUGAAUAAAUGUAGAAACCCAGUUUUGCUUCCCCCCAUUUUCUUCUUUAAAGAGAGAUUUCCAAGUGCCUUGCGUCUCUUAGACCUUUGGAGGGAGAAUUGCUCAGAUCUUGGCCUUUUCUUUUUAAAACAAAAUACCUUCUUUGCCUUCUCUCAUGGGAAACAGCUUCCCAUAUGAGAAGUCAGGUGGAACUUUCCAUAGCGGCCUUGUUGUCAGAGACUGUAAUGAACGAACACAUUGUAGUUAUGGAGAUAAUAUGUGUGUAGCUUCUGCAUUCAGGUUACGUGCGUGUGUCUCUUUUCCUUGGAUGUCAACUUCAUUCAUUGCCUCUAUCUGGUUUGCUAUGUACAUUUUUUUUAUAAGAACAGAGAUACACUUUUUUAACCAUUUUUUAAAGACAACUCUCCAUUUCCUGAUCUUGUUUUGUUUUUUUCAGAAAAAUAAAACCCCAAAGAAGGUGGUCUUAUUUGUCAGAAACAAUACUGGUGCCUUUGAGUCUUUAACUGAUUUUAGAUUUAUUGUUUCCUGAUGGCUAAGAAGCUCGAUGUUUAUUUUAAGAUGUCUGCGAUCAGCUGCGUGGUAAUAUAUUUACCUGAAAGGAAGUUUGGUUGAAAAUUAUGGCCUUCCCAAAGUUUAGACAGGCUGUCUCUACUAUCGCAUUUCAGGAAAUCUGAAAUAAUUCAUUUUAAAGGCAAAUAAACCCCACAGGCUUCCUUUCAAGUAAGUACAAUAUUUGCAUUAAAUCUCAGCUUUUUGCACAUAUGCAACACUGAUGUUUAGCCCGACGUUUCUGUAUAUUUGCAUUAUGCAUUUUGUAAACUUAGUAUCUGGUCGGAAUCAGUAACUGUCACCGAAUAGCAUUGUGGCUAACUGUAACUAUUGUAUUCAGCACUGUGUGUUAGUUUUAAUAGCAGGAAAAUAGGGUUGGGGUCCAGUUAGUAAAGUCAGAGGCCUGUCAGAUGAAAACCGCAGGCCUUCCAGUUGUCUGAACUAACGAUCUUCUGUUGAAACCUCACGGUCCUCGUUCAUAUUCUCAGAACCCUGCCACUUUAAUUUCAUGCUCAUUUUAGUUCAGCACGCAAUUACAGAAUUGGAAUGAAUGUGUCCUCCCUGAGGGCAGGGGAGAAGCACCCCAAAGAACCAAAGUUCUUUAAAGUCUAUCUACCCAAAGUGCUCUUAAUAUCAUGUAGGGGGGAAAAAGUGUCAAUGAAAAGGUGUCUGAAUUCUAAAGUGUCCUUGUUCAAGAGCUGAAGUUCCAAUAAAUGUUUCUUUUAAUGUG